AUGGCGGAGCAGAGGAACAACAAUAGGUGGAACUGGGAGGUCAGUGGCUUUGAACCGAGGAAGUUGUCUUCUUCGUCGUCGACGGCUUCGAGCUUCGACCAUGACGAUUACAAGCCUGGUGCGCCUUUAGUUCGGAGGUACUCGAUCUCUGCUGCCUCGGCUUUGGCUCAGUCUGAGCUCUCCAAUCACUCUGUGACUUCUAAGCUCCAGAAACUCAAGGACCAAGUUAAGGAGGUCUGCUCAACAUUUCUUUUUGGACAGCUUGCUAGAGAAGAUUACUUGGAGUUGAGACAAGAAGCAAGUGAGUUGCACGAGUACUCUAAUGCCAAACUUGAAAGAGUUACACGUUAUCUUGGUGUUCUUGCCAAUAAAACCCGAAAGCUAGAUCAAUUUGCCCUUGAAACCGAGGCUAGAAUUUCUCCGUUGAUCAAUGAGAAGAGAAGGUUGUUCAAUGACUUAUUGACAGCCAAAGGAAACAUAAAGAUAUAUUGUCGUGCAAGACCAUUAUUUGAGGAUGAAGGUUCCUCAAUUGUUGAAUAUCCUGAUGACUACAACAUCCGUGUAAAUACUGGUGAUGAUGCCUUGUCCAACCCCAAGAAGGAUUUCGAACUUGACAGAGUUUAUGGACCUCAUGUUGGACAAGCUGAACUUUUCCGUGAUGUUCAACCUUUGGUGCAAUCAGCAUUGGAUGGAUAUAAUGUUUCUAUAUUUGCAUACGGACAAACCAACUCAGGAAAGACACACACAAUGGAAGGAUCUAGCCAUGAUCGUGGUUUAUAUGCUCGUUCUUUCGAGGAACUAUUCGAUUUGGCCAACUCUGAUUCAACUUCUACGUCGAGAUUUAAGUUCUCCGUUACAGUUUUUGAGCUCUACAAUGAACAGAUAAGGGAUUUACUCCCAGAAUCAGGAGAUGCUCUACCAAAGAUUCGCAUGGGAUCACCGGAGUCCUUUGUAGAACUUGUGCAGGAAAAAGUUGAUAAUCCACUGGACUUCUCUAAAGUAUUAAAAGAUGCAUUUCAGAGCCGAGGAAAUGAUCCAUCGAAGUUCAACGUUUCUCAUUUGAUCAUCACGAUACAUAUAUAUUAUAACAAUUUGAUCACUGGAGAAAACACAUACAGCAAGCUUUCUCUAGUUGACUUGGCUGGAAGUGAAGGUUUAAUUGCUGAAGAUGACAGCAGUGAGCGUGUGACAGACUUGCUGCAUGUGAUGAAAUCACUUUCAGCGUUGGGAGAUGUUUUGUCUUCCUUGACUUCCAAAAAGGAUGCUAUUCCUUAUGAAAAUUCAAUGCUUACAAAAGUACUCGCAGACUCGCUAGGUGGAAGCUCAAAAACUCUGAUGAUUGUUAAUGUAGUUCCAAAUUCUGCGAAUUUGUCGGAGACACUAUCAUCUCUCAACUUCUCUUCUAGAGCUCGAAAUGCUGUUCUAGGCCUUGGGAAUCGAGAUACCAUAAAGAAAUGGAGAGAUAUUGCAAAUGAUGCACGUAAGGAGUUGUAUGAAAAGGAAAAAGAAAGUCAGGAUUUGAAACAAGAGGUUUUGGGACUUAAACAUUCACUCAAGGAUGCAAAUGAUCAAUGUGUCCUACUCUUCAAUGAAGUCCAGAAAGCGUGGAAAGUUUCUUAUACAUUACAGUCAGAUUUAAAGUCAGAGAAUAUUAUGCUUGCAGAUAAGCAAAAGAUAGAAAGGGAACAAAAUGCGCAGCUCAGAAAUCAAGUAGCUCAACUGUUACAGUUGGAGCAAGAUCAAAAAGUGCAGAUAGAACAACGAGAUUCUACGAUUCAGGCCUUGCAGGCCAAAAUGAAAAGCAUUGAAUCCAGACUCAGUGAAGCCCUCCAUUCCAGUGAAGAUCGGUCAGCAUUAGGCUCAGAUCUAUCAAUGCCAAGGCAAUUGGGGAUGGCAUGGAUUCUCCACCAAUUGACAGAGAAAGCAUCUUUGGCUGGAUCACCAAAGCUGUCAAGUCCAUUAUCCAAGGGGCCACUAAAUGUGCAGUCUCGGGACCUUGUGAGGAAUGAUAGUAGGGGGCAUUUGAUGGAUGUUGUUCCUUCAUCACCGGCACUUGCUGCAGACAAGACUGAGGGUACAGUUGCUUUAGUGAAAUCAGGUUCGGAUAAAGUCAAAACAACCCCUGCAGGAGAAUAUCUUACGUCUGCCUUGAAUGACUUUGAUCCUGAACAACAUGACAGCCUUGCUGCCAUUUCAGAUGGAGCAAAUAAGCUUUUGAUGCUGGUUCUGGCGGCAGUAAUCAAAGCAGGGGCUUCUAGGGAGCAUGAAAUACUUGCUGAAAUAAGAGAUGCUGUUUUCUCUUUUGUUCGUAAAAUGGAACCACAGAGGGUAAUGGACACCAUGCUUGUAUCCCGUGUUAGAAUUUUGUACAUUAGAUCUUUGCUUGCUAGAUCACCGGAGCUGCAGUCCAUCAAGGUUUCUCCCGUUGAGAAUUUUCUGGAGAAGGCUAAUACUGGACGUAGUAGAAGUUCCAGCCGAGGUAGCAGCCCUGGAAGAUCUCCCGUGCGCUAUGUUGAUGAGCAUAUCCAAGGCUUCAGAGUGAAUCUAAAGCCAGAAAAGAAGUCCAAGUUUUCAUCAGUUGUAUCAAAGAUACGGGGCCUUGAUCAGGAUACUCCACGGCAGCAGGUAACUGCUGGAAAGCUUAGAGAAAUAAAUGAGGAGGCUAAAAGUUUUGCAAUUGGAAACAAAGCUCUUGCUGCUCUCUUUGUUCAUACACCAGCUGGUGAGCUGCAGCGCCAACUUAGAUCCUGGCUUGCAGAAAAUUUUGACUUCCUCUCUGUUCUUGGAGAUGAUGCAUCAGGAGGGACAACUGGUCAGUUGGAGCUUCUUUCAACUGCAAUCAUGGAUGGUUGGAUGGCUGGACUUGGUGCUGCAGUGCCUCCUAAUACAGAUGCUCUUGGUCAACUUCUAUCUGAGUAUUCGAAGCGGGUCUAUGGAUCUCAAUUGCAGCACCUGAAGGAUAUUGCUGGUACGUUGGCAUCAGAAGGGGCGGAAGAUGCAGCACAGGUUGCAAAAUUGCGAUCCGCUCUUGAGUCUGUUGAUCACAAAAGGAGAAAGAUUUUGCAACAAAUAAGAAGUGACGUAGCCUUAUUGACAUUGCAAGAUGGUGGUCCACCUAUUCAAAAUCCUUCUACUGCAGCUGAAGAUGCACGAUUAGCAUCUCUCAUUUCCCUUGAUGGCAUAGUGAAACAAGUCAAGGAUAUUGUGAGACAAUCCUCUGUGAGCACCAUGAGCAAGAGUAAGAAGAAGCAAAUGCUUGCAUCUCUAGAUGAACUUGCUGAACGGAUGCCUUCCCUUCUUGACAUUGAUCAUCCAUGUGCGCAAAGGCAAAUUGCUGAUGCUCGUCAUGUGAUCCAGUCUAUUCCCGAAGAAGAUGAUCACCUUCAAGAGCAAUCUCAUGCUCUCAAACCAUCUACAGAUUUAGGGUUCGGUACUGAAACUGACGUGGCACAGUGGAAUGUCCUGCAGUUCAAUACAGGCGCUACGACGCCAUUUAUCAUCAAGUGCGGAGCAAACUCUAAUUCAGAACUAGUCAUUAAAGCAGAUGCCAAGAUUCAAGAACCUAAAGGGGGUGAGGUUGUGAGGGUUGUCCCAAGGCCAUCUGUUCUGGAAAGCAUGAGCUUGGAGGAGAUGAAACAUGUAUUCUCCCAACUCCCUGAAGCUCUAAGCUUGCUUGCCUUGGCAAGGACUGCAGAUGGAACGCGAGCUCGUUAUUCUAGGUUGUACAGGACUUUAGCCAUGAAAGUGCCGUCGUUGAGGGAUUUAGUCGGUGAACUUGAAAAGGGGGGUGUCCUAAAAGAUGUGAGGUCAUAA